AUGUUCCGCGUCACUAUGAGCUUGGCCAUCAUUCUGCUCGCCUUCGGCCCGCUGACCAUGGGCGCUCCCCUCCCGAUCCCCAAGCCCGAACAGGCCAGCUCAGCGGGACUCUUCCAUGGCGUCGCCACCUGGUUCCGGCCUAACUUAGGCGCGUGCGGAGAGAUAAGCUCGGAGAAGGACUACAUGAUCGCCAUGAACUCCGCCCAGUACAAGUCCGGUGGCCCGUGCCACAAGAACGUGGUCAUCCGAAACAAAUCCAACGGCAAGAGCGUGGUGGCCAAGGUGCUUGACGAGUGUCCUUCGUGUCGUUGGGGCUCGUUGGACCUGUCGCCCUCCGCUUUCAAGGCCUUGGGUAAACUCGAAGAUGGCGUCUUGCCCAUUGCUUGGAAAUGGACCUGA